AUGGAAGAAGGAAACCAAACAGGAGAGAAGAACUUUCUCCUCCUGGGAUUCACGGGGAACUCUGACCAGCAGUCCCUCUUCUUUGUGCUGUUCCUCUCCAUGUACCUGGUCACAGUGCUUGGGAACCUGCUCAUCAUCCUGGCCAGCAUCUCAGACUCCCACCUCCACACCCCCAUGUAUUUCUUCCUCUCCAACCUGUCCUUUGUAGACAUCUGUUUCACCUCCACAACCAUCCCAAAGAUGCUGGUGAAUAUGCUGAUGCAGAGCAAAGAUAUCAGCUUUGCAGGCUGCCUCAGCCAGAUAUUUUUUUUCAUUGUAUUUGGAUGCCUGGACAGUUUUCUCCUGACAGUGAUGGCCUACGACCGGUUUGUGGCCAUCUGUCACCCUCUGCACUACAUGGUCAUCAUGAACCCCCGGCUCUGUGCAUGUUUGAUUCUGGGGUCCUGGAUCAUGAGUGUCUUGGGCUCCCUGCUGGAGACCUUGACUGCUUUGAGGUUGUCCUUCUGCACAAGCAUGGAAAUUGCAAACUUUUUUUGUGAUCUUCCCGAAGUGCUGAAGCUCGCCUGUUGUGAAACUCUCAUCAAUAACAUAGUGGUUUAUUUUGUUACCAUUGUCCUAGGUGUUUUCCCUCUGUCUGGGAUCCUCUUCUCUUACUCUCAGAUUUUCCUCUCCAUCCUGAGAAUUUCAUCAUCCAAUGGCAAGUGCAAAGCCUUCUCCACCUGUGGGUCUCACCUUUCGGUGGUCUCCUUGUUCUAUGGCACAGGUCUUGGGGUCUACCUCAGUUCUGCAGCCUCACUGUCCUCUAGUGCAAGUCUGAUGUCCUCGGUGAUGUACACCAUGGUCACCCCCAUGCUGAACCCCUUCAUCUACAGUCUGAGGAACAGGGACAUGAAAGGGGCUCUGAGGAGACUCCUCAGCAAAGCUCUUAAUGAAGGGCCAUUGCAGGACUCUCGUGAAUAA